AUGCGACCGGUCCUUGCCGAGCAAUGGGGAAACAUCACCAUUGCCUACCUUGACGACAUCGUCAUUUACUCCACCGACUGGGAGGAGCACCUUAAUCACCUCGGCCUAGUCUUGGAGCAUCUGGUCAUCUACGAACUUACCGUAGCCCUAAAAAAGUGCAGCUUCGGAAGGACUUCACUACCAUACCUCGGGCAUGUUGUCGGCACCGCAGAAAACACGGCCCAACCUGUCCACAUCGAGGCCAUUCGGAACGCUCCACCUCCACGUAAUCGUAAGGCCCUUAGAUCACUCAUCGGACUCUGCAAUUGGGUAAAGGAGUACAUCUCAAACUCGUCAGAGAUACUCGCUCCCCUGACCGACAUGGUGUCGACAAAGCGGCAUUUCAAGUGGACCAACGAGCUACAGGAGAAAUUCAAGCAAGCCAAACUCGCCUUUCAGAAACCUCAAAGCCUCCGCCGACCGGACCCGAACCUGACGUUUGUAUUGCAGCCGGAUGCCAGAAACAAAGGGAUGGGCGAAUUACUCAUGCAGGAGGAACUCGAAGGAAAGUGCCACAUCACUUCCUUCGCCAGCGCGAAAUUCUCCGAGACUGAGUCCAAGUACCACUGCAAUGAAUAG